AUGGGGCACGGGAACUCCGACAAGAUGUAUAUCACCCAUGCUGAGCACUCCGGCAUGUUCGGUCAGCAUACGGCUUCAACAUCAGGAUACAAACAGAAGCCGCAAACACCUCAUCCAGGGAAUCUCACCCCAUUUGACUGCUGCGCGUUGACCUCGCAGCCCUUUCAAAACCCCGUUUGCGCGAGGAACUCGGAUGGAACUGGGAAUGUCUUCGAGUUGACGAACAUUAUUCCGUGGUUAAAGCAACACAACAACAUCAACCCCGUCACUCAAGAGCCCUUAGCACCGUCUGACCUCAUUCCGCUUCAUUAUGCCCGGAAAGCGUCUGGAGAAAUCCAUGACCCCAUCUCAUUCAAGCCCUUCAGUCAACAUUCUCACAUUGUCGCAAUCGCAACAACUGGGAAUGUCUUCCUCGCGGAGAGCGUCAAAGGUGGCAAGGACUUAGUCGCUGAUGUUCCAUUCAAAAAGUCAGAUGUUAUUACCUUGCAGAACCCUCACGGAAUGCCGUCCGCGUCGGUGCCUGCCCCGAGCGCGUCGAAAGCGAGCACGCAGCCUGAGAAAUCCAAGGCAGUGACCAAGGCAGCUACGAAUCCCGCUAUUGCGAAGACGAAGGCGAGCCAGCCCUGGAACGUCUCGCCAUAUUCUACCGGUCUCCCUGGUGCCUCGUUAACAUCGACUUCCGUUGACCCCCAGACGGCUACUUCGAGGCUCGUGUGGGACGAGGAAGAAAUUAUGUUCGAAGCCAUCUCCAAUCCACCCAAAGGCAAAGGCAAGGAGAAGGAUGUCGGGAAAAGGCGUGCUUACGUGCGGGUCGUCACCAGUCUUGGCGGCUCUCUGAACCUCGAGCUCUUCUGCGAGAAGGCUCCGAAGACAUGUUACAACUUCCUGAUGUUAGCCCGUAACGGCAAGUAUAACGACAACCUGUUCCAUCGACUCAUCCCCGGUUUUAUGAUUCAGACCGGUGAUCCCACGGGGACAGGCGCUGGCGGUGAAUCCUACUGGGGCACACCAUUCAGGGACGAGUACGAUAUGAAGGGCGCCGCGAAGCACGAUGGCCGCGGCGUCGUUGCAAUGGCUAACAAGGGUCCAUCGACGAAUGGGUCCCAGUGGUAUGUCACGUUCAAGGCUACGCCACAUCUAGAUAAGAAACACACGGUAUUCGGGAAGGUGGUAGGUGGAGAAGAUGUGCUAGAUGCCUUGGAGAAACUUCCAGUGAAGCCUGGGACGGAGCGACCCGCGAAGCCCAUCAGAAUAACCGAAGUCAUCAUUUACCAAGACCCGUUCGAAGACUACAAAGAACGUCUUGCUAAGAAACUCGCGAAGCGGGCUGAGGCCGACUCCAACCCUGAAGCGAACAAACCUCCCGAGAAGAAGCCCGGGCACGACAUGAACUGGUUCGGUGUUAAGGUCGGAACAGAGGCCCAGCCAGCAAUCGCUGCCGGUGGAGGUGUCGGAAAGUACCUGAACAUCAAGGCAAAUAACAAAAGGCCGCUGAGUGCCGCAUCCCCGGCCCCAGAAGCUGACAUUGGAGUGGAGGAAGGGAAGAAAAAGCGGAGGCUCGGGUUUGGCGAUUUUGAAGGGUGGUAG